AUUCAUUGUUUACAUAAUGUUAUAUUUAAAACGCGUCUUGUUAUCUGGGACGCGAAUAUCAGAGUUCCUAAGGGUAAGUAUAAAAGCCCGAGCCAUGCUACUUAGCAUCUGUCCUUCUCUUUCUCCCAAGCAUCAUCAUAAUACUCAUUUAUCUUUACUGUUUGGCCUCUGCUUUAUCCUCCAAAACUACAUAGAUACGUAUUCCCCUUAUUCACAAUGAGUGUACAUAGUGAACAGUCCGGUUCUGACGGGACAGGUUGGCAUUCAGAAUCUGCCGCAGAGUAGCGAUCUGCGCCGAACCCCGAGAAGGAAAGGGCGACCGAUGAGGACAGAAGCUUACCCUUCUGUUUCGGAUGCGAGUUCAAAGUCAUUCUUCGCCCCAACCCCGAAAGUGGAUUGCAAUAUCCCAAAGACACGAGCGUCUCCCGGCAGCGUCGUUUCGGUUUCCGCCUCUUAGAUGCAAUAGCCCAGGUAAUGACCGAUGCCGGGCUAAAGAGUGUUGUCUUCGACGCGGCAGAUCAAGACAAACCGAACUACGGUGUAUGGAACUUGAUGCUCGACGGCUCUCUAAGCAAGCAUCACAUUCUGGAUGGCUUCUACCCUGUUGAAAUCGUGUCCCCGGUUCUUGUUGCGGAUGAUGGAUGGUCAAAGAAGAUGGACUUACUCUGGACAGUCCUCCAUCGAUACUUUGAAUUCCGCAAGGACACCACCUGCGGUUUUCAUAUACAUAUAUCCUUCCAGGAAGGUCAUUUCACGAUAAAGCAGUUAAGAAGCCUGGCGAAGGCAGUGGCAUUCUAGGAGCCAGCCACUGCGAGGUACGCUCCUUUGUCGCGGCAAGACAAAGCCACCAGCUUCUGCCGGUCGAACCUUCGCGCCGCACAUGUACAAAGAGAAUUGAAGGAGAAGGGCCCCCUGAAAGGUCUCCAGUCGAUAUAUGAGAAGCUCGACUCAAUGGACCGAGAUGAGAUCGUGGACUUUAUAAGUCCUUCAAAAUAUUUCGCAUGGAACCUUCAACCUUCAAAAGACGGCAAAUCCGGAUCUAUAGAGUUUCGUCGACCACCGGGAGUAGACACAGCGAAGAAAGCAAAGCAUUGGAUUGCGUUUACGAUGGCCUUCGUUUGGAUGUCUGUGAAGUUUAGCCCGGAGGCGUUUAUAGAUGCGAGUUCGAAGGUCAAAGGCAAUUUCCGUAAACUUUACCAUCCGGAUUUCCAAGAGCAGCUACUACUGUCGGCGCGAGAUAUUGGGGAAUAUUCGAACUUGGACCCGCGGCUGCAGCAGGAAGAUGACAUGCAGAACCUACAUAUCACCAUGAUGGAUAAGGCUAGUUUUGAAUGGUUGAAUAGAGACGAGGCUAUCAAUGGAGCAAAAAUAAUUAAGUCAAUAAUUAAGUCAUUUGAAGUAGCCGGUACGAAGUGUAGUCGCUACGGUUAGCUAGGGAGUAUGGAUAAUGGCAGAAACUGGAUUUCAUAUUUUGUUUUUCAACUCUCGUGAAUGCUG